AUGGCUACAAGUGUUAAAAGAAAAGCAUCUGAGACUUCUGACCAGAAUAUUGUUAAAGUGCAAAAGAAACAUUCCACACAGGACAGCACAACUGACAACGGAUCCAAAGAAAAUGAUCACAGUAGUCAAGCCAUCAACGAGCGUACCGUGCCCGAGCAAGAAAACGACGAAAGCGAUACUUCACCUGAAAGUAACGAGGUCGCUACUAACACUGCUGCGACUCGCCACAAUGGAAAGGUUACUGCAACAGAGUCCUAUGAUAUUCACAUAGCUAGAGAAACGGCUGAAUUAUUCAAGUCUAAUAUUUUCAAGUUACAAAUUGACGAAUUACUGGAGCAAGUGAAGUUAAAACAAAAACAUGUUCUGAAAGUCGAAAAAUUUCUACACAAGUUAUAUGAUAUUCUCCAGGAAAUUCCUGAUUGGGAGGAAAAGUCAUUAGCUGAAGUGGACUCCUUCUUCAAAAACAAGAUUGUUUCUGUUCCAUUUGUUGACCCCAAACCUAUUCCUCAAAAUACUAAUUAUAAAUUCAAUUACAAGAAACCAGACAUCUCCUUAAUUGGCUCCUUUGCUCUUAAAGCUGGAAUUUAUCAACCUAACGGCUCUUCCAUUGAUACUUUACUAACAAUGCCAAAGGAGUUGUUCGAAAAAAAAGAUUUCUUAAAUUUCAGGUGCUUACACAAGAGGAGCGUUUAUUUAGCAUACCUAACCCACCACCUAUUGAUAUUAUUGAAAAAAGAUAAAUUAGACUCAUUUUUGCAACUCGAGUAUUCUUAUUUUGAUAAUGAUCCGCUUUUACCAAUUUUAAGAAUUAGUUGUUCCAAACCAACGGGUGAUUCUCUUUCUGAUUAUAACUUUUACAAGACCAGAUUCUCUAUCAACUUGCUUAUUGGUUUCCCAUACAAAGUCUUUGAACCAAAAAAACUGUUACCCAAUAGAAACUGUAUUAGAAUAGCACAAGAAAGCAAAGAGCAAUCUUUACCAGCCACUCCUCUUUACAAUUUUUCAGUGUUAUCUUCUUCAACACAUGAAAACUACCUGAAGUAUUUAUACAAGACGAAGAAACAAACAGAAUCUUUUGUUGAAGCUACUGUUUUAGGUAGAUUAUGGCUGCAGCAACGUGGGUUUUCAUCCAAUAUGUCGCAUUCUGGUUCAUUGGGUGGAUUCGGUACUUUUGAAUUUACUAUCUUGAUGGCAGCGUUAUUAAACGGUGGUGGUAUAAAUAGUAACAAGAUAUUACUUCACGGGUUUUCAUCAUACCAAUUGUUUAAAGGUGUAAUAAAAUACUUAGCCACUAUGGAUUUGUGCCACGACGGCCAUUUACAAUUUCAUUCUAAUCCAGAGAAUUCCUCCAGUUCACCAGCUUCUAAAUAUAUUGAUGAGGGUUUCCAAACUCCAACCUUAUUUGAUAAGUCAACCAAGGUCAAUAUUCUUACAAAAAUGACUGUUUCUUCUUAUCAAAUUUUGAAAGAAUAUGCCGGUGAAACAUUGAGAAUGCUAAACAACGUUGUUCAAGACCAAUUCUCAAAUAUUUUUUUGACUAAUAUUAGCCGUUUUGACAAUUUGAAGUACGAUCUGUGUUACGAUGUACAGUUACCUUUGGGUAAGUACAAUAAUUUAGAAACUUCUUUAGCUGCUACAUUUGGGUCAAUGGAAAGAGUAAAAUUUAUUACUCUGGAGAAUUUCCUCGCCCACAAGAUUACAAAUGUUGCAAGGUAUGCAUUGGGCGAUAGAAUCAAAUAUAUCCAAAUUGAAAUGGUUGGUCAAAAGUCCGAUUUUCCAAUCACCAAAAGAAAAGUGUACUCUAACACAGGAGGUAACCAUUUCAACUUUGAUUUUGUAAGAGUAAAAUUGAUUGUUAACCCCUCUGAAUGUGACAAAUUAGUCACCAAGGGCCCUGCUCAUUCUGAAACUAUGUCUACAGAAGCAGCCGUUUUUAAGAAUUUUUGGGGAAUUAAAUCUUCCUUAAGAAGAUUCAAGGAUGGCUCCAUCACCCAUUGUUGUGUUUGGUCUACAUCCUCAUCAGAGCCCAUCAUUUCCUCAAUUGUUAACUUUGCAUUGCAGAAACAUGUUUCAAAAAAGGCACAAAUAUCAAAUGAGACUAUCAAGAAGUUUCAUAAUUUCCUACCGUUGCCAAACUUACCCUCAAGUGCUAAAACAUCAGUUUUGAACUUGAGCAGCUUUUUCAACUUAAAGAAAUCCUUUGACGAUUUAUACAAAAUAAUUUUCCAAAUGAAGUUACCGCUUUCUGUAAAAUCAAUCUUACCGGUUGGCUCUGCAUUUAGAUACACUUCCUUAUGCCAACCAGUACCAUUCGCAUACUCUGAUCCAGAUUUCUUUCAAGACGUCAUUUUGGAAUUUGAAACCUCACCUAAAUGGCCAGAUGAAAUUACUUCCUUAGAAAAGGCUAAAACAGCUUUUCUUCUCAAAAUUCAAGAAGAAUUAAGCGCUAACUCUUCAACUUAUAGGUCGUUUUUCAGCAGAGAUGAAUCCAUCCCAUACAAUUUAGAAAUUGUAACCUUGAACAUCUUGACACCUGAAGGUUAUGGAUUCAAAUUCAGAGUUCUAACUGAACGUGACGAAAUCCUUUAUUUAAGAGCUAUAGCGAAUGCUAGGAAUGAGUUGAAACCAGAAUUGGAGGCCACAUUCCUAAAAUUUACUGCAAAAUAUCUGGCUUCCGUAAGACAUACUCGUACUUUGGAGAAUAUAUCUCAUUCGUAUCAAUUCUACUCCCCUGUGGUAAGACUAUUCAAAAGAUGGUUGGACACUCAUUUAUUACUAGGUCAUAUAACGGACGAAUUAGCAGAGUUGAUUGCCAUUAAACCUUUUGUUGAUCCUGCACCAUAUUUCAUUCCAGGUUCUCUUGAAAACGGUUUCCUCAAAGUGCUUAAGUUUAUAAGUCAAUGGAACUGGAAAGAUGAUCCAUUGAUUUUAGAUCUAGUAAAACCAGAAGAUGAUAUAAGAGAUACAUUUGAAACAAGUAUUGGAGCUGGCUCAGAGCUAGACUCCAAAACGAUGAAAAAGCUUUCUGAAAGAUUAACCCUAGCACAAUAUAAGGGCAUUCAAAUGAACUUCACGAACUUGAGGAACAGUGAUCCCAACGGUACACAUUUGCAAUUUUUUGUUGCCUCUAAGAACGAUCCAAGCGGUAUUCUUUAUUCAUCAGGUAUCCCACUACCCAUUGCUACAAGGCUUACAGCAUUAGCUAAAGUAGCCGUGAAUCUUUUACAGACACACGGUUUAAACCAGCAAACUAUCAAUCUUUUAUUCACGCCUGGAUUAAAAGAUUACGAUUUUGUCGUUGAUUUGAGGACACCAAUAGGUUUGAAAUCAUCCUGUGGUAUACUUUCAGCCACAGAGUUCAAGAAUAUAACUAACGAUCAAGCCCCAUCGAACUUUCCAGAGAAUUUGAAUGAUUUAAGUGAAAAAAUGGAUCCAACAUACCAGUUAGUGAAGUAUUUGAACUUGAAGUACAAGAAUAGUUUGAUUUUAUCAAGCCGCAAGUAUAUAGGUGUGAAUGGUGGAGAGAAAGGAGAUAAAAAUGUCAUCACAGGGCUAAUAAAGCCACUCUUCAAGGGAGCCCACAAAUUUAGAGUAAACUUGGAUUGCAACGUUAAACCAGUGGAUGAUGAGAAUGUGAUUUUAAAUAAAGAAGCCAUAUUUCAUGAGAUUGCUGCAUUCGGGAAUGACAUGGUUAUAAAUUUUGAGACAGAUUAG